AUCUUAAGUUAGGCGUAAUUUCAAUGUCGUUAUUGUUAGCAGCAUAACCAUCAUAACCAUGAUUUCGAUUGGCAGAUUUCCCACCUUUUCUUGAUUUUGAAGCUACGAUAUAAAAAUAUUCACAAAAUUAAAGUUUUAAUUAAUCAAAAUUGCGUAAAAAUCGCGUUUUCUCGCUCAUCUGGCAUGUGGGUUUGGCGAUGUUUGGUUGGGAAAGUUUCUCUAUUAUGGUCUCUGUGGAUCAUAUUAUUUAUUUUGUUAUUUCACACUAUAAAUACUGCAAUCUUUGCAUUCCUUCGAUUUCAACCAAAUUAGGGUUUUUUUCUUCUUCUUUCAGUCUUUAAGUGUAAAUUGAUUGAGUAGGAGAUCUGAAAGAUGGCAUCUAAUGGAGAGAAGCAAUCAGCAACCAAGCAACCUCCUGCCCCUUCUCCUUUGAGAAAUUCUAAAUUCUAUCAGUCAAACAUGAGAAUUUUGGUUACAGGAGGAGCAGGUUUUAUUGGCUCCCACUUGGUUGAUAGAUUGAUGGAAAAUGAAAAGAAUGAGGUGAUUGUUGUUGAUAACUACUUUACUGGUUCAAAGGACAACCUUAAGAAAUGGAUUGGACACCCGAGAUUUGAGCUUAUCCGUCAUGAUGUCACAGAACCAUUAUUGGUGGAGGUUGAUCAGAUAUAUCACCUUGCCUGCCCUGCAUCACCUAUUUUUUACAAACACAACCCUGUAAAGACAAUCAAGACGAAUGUGAUGGGUACACUAAACAUGCUAGGGCUUGCCAAGCGUGUUGGAGCCAGGAUUCUGCUUACUUCUACAUCAGAGGUGUAUGGUGAUCCACUUGUGCAUCCUCAACCCGAAACUUACUGGGGAAAUGUUAAUCCAAUCGGAGUUCGUAGCUGUUAUGAUGAAGGAAAACGUGUUGCAGAAACCUUGAUGUUUGAUUAUCAUAGGCAGCAUGGAAUCGAAAUUCGUGUAGCUCGUAUCUUUAACACUUAUGGGCCUCGUAUGAAUAUCGAUGAUGGUCGUGUUGUUAGUAACUUCAUUGCUCAAGCACUUAGAGAUGAACCAUUGACAGUUCAGGCACCUGGAACUCAGACUAGGAGUUUCUGUUAUGUUUCUGACAUGGUUGAUGGUCUGAUUAGACUCAUGGAAGGAGAACACACUGGGCCUAUCAACAUUGGAAACCCUGGUGAAUUCACCAUGCUUGAACUUGCUGAGACUGUGCAAGAGUUGAUCAAUCCAAAGGUGAAGAUUAUAUCAGUGGAGAACACACCCGAUGACCCAAGACAGAGGAAACCGGAUAUCUCAAAAGCCAAGGAACUCCUGGGUUGGGAACCCAAGGUGAAGUUGAGAGAAGGACUCCCUCUCAUGGAAGAAGACUUCCGCCUCAGGCUCGGAGUUCCUAAGAACUAAAACUCAAUGUCCCAUAUCCAUAUAAGAGGGUUGAAAGAGAGCUGAGUCUGAAUCUUGUGGAUUGAAUUGCUUCAUCUUACGAUUUUGUUUACCCACUCCCAGUCAAAUAAUUUUGAGGGAAUGACUAUGGAGCAUUGUUUUUGUUUGCCUUGUUUGUUCUACUUAUUAUACUUAUAAAAUCAAUACAUCAACUUUCAUUCUUCUUUUUCA